UAAUCAUUUACACUAGCUACAUGUACAAUGAUGAGUAUAUAUUUUUAAAGGCUGACAGUUUGAUGUAAAGUCCCUUAUUUGUAAUUGAUUGGUGAAUGAUGUUAAUUUAUCGUUCAAUAUUUUGAAGAGUGCCUAGCUUAACCAAUUAACAAGUCAUGUCAAAAAUUGACUUCAUUGGUUACUUAAAUGAAAGUAAAGUGCAAAAUAAGCUUUUAUGGAACUGAUUCGCGUCAGUCAGUUUAGCUGGAUAUUUUAGAUUCAAGCUUGUAUGAGAUUACAACAUCCGGUACUGAGUUUUGUGGAGGCUAUCUAUACACUACUAAUAAAUAAUAUCGAGAAGUGCUACUGAUCAGCCUUUACGAAAAUGACGAAGAAAUCCUCUAAGGCUUUAAAAUAUGUGUUUUACAGGUAAGUUCUAUGAUUAUUACAAUUUUAUUUCCUAAAAUAUGACACCAAUGAUUUUAAUGUGUUUAUAAUGCAUGCACCAUAUUGUUAUUAGUCAGUGUCAACAGUAUUUGUUGUACAAGCUGUGAGUUCACAAAAACAACAAUACACUGGAUAAAUAUAACACAGUAGAUGCAAUGAACUUUAAAUACUGUCAUAGUAAAUCAGGAAGUAAAACGAAUUUCACGGGAUUUCAGAAACGCUUUAGUCAUAAUUGCUAGUAAGCCGAAAGCCAGGGUCCAAGACUCCAAUCAGAGUGAUAUCUGAUGUCCAAAAUCAGCAGAAAGAGGAUCUUUAUCAUCAUACUAGUGAGUGCGUUGCGGAUUUGAUUGACAAACUUUAAUCGUUGGUUUCUUUUAAUAACUACACUGGAUCUUAUAUAGUGGAGAAGUGGUAUAUCUUUCUUUAAAUAAUUCCACUUGGUUAUCAUUGAACUGGAAUAUCUUCCUUUUGCCAAAAGCCUUGAAAUAUCUUCAAAAUUGAACUACAUAGCCAGUUAUGUACAGCGCUGUCACUGAACAAGGACUACCUUACUAUACACGAACACAAAGAGGGCGAUACAAAACCCUUUCCACUGAAGACAAGCAAAAGUUGAAGUUAGCUCAGAAGAAGGCAGCAACCCUCGAAUCAGCUACCAAUUCUGUACGGAUAACAAUUGGACUCAUCACCACUCUGGUUGUGGGUUAUUUGUCUGACAGAUUCGGUCGUCGAGUGGCUAUUGGAGUAUUACUAGUUGGUGAAACUCUCCAUGUCGGCUUAGUCAGUUUGAUUGUAUUGCUGAAAUUGAAUCUGUGGUUAGUAAUAUUACCGGGAUUCUUUGAAGCUAUUCUCGGUGGUGGUCUCUUAUCACUGUUUGGUCAGGUUGCGGCUAUACUUACUGACAUUUGCAGACCAGAAAAAGAAGAAGAAAACAAUACAAGUGCGAAAAAGAUUCAGUCAGUUGACAGAGAACUAUGGAUAUUAUUCACAGUCUUUGAUGGAAUAGCAAGUUUGAGUAUAUCUGCAGGUUCACCAAUAGGAGGUGCACUGAUCUAUCGUUUCAGUUUCCAGGUAGCAGUGUUCACCUCGUUAGCUUUACUUGCUCCAAGCUUAAUUUUGAUAUUUUGCCUACCUGAGACAAAUAUGAAUAGAGGAAAGAAAAUCGUCAAAGUUGAUUCUGUUCCAGAUAUAAAAAUUGAUGGUUCCCUUGACGAUACACGUAGCAUACCAAUGCAGUUUGACAAAAGCCUAAAAGGAAGAAUUGCAGAAAAACUCCGAGACUUGAAGGGUUUAGAUCCUGUUUUGGUCAUUAUUAUGUCUGUGGUUCUCUUGGGUUCUAUUUCGGCUCUGGCGGAUUUACAAUACGUCGCUGUGUAUCUCAUGGGCCCUCCUUUCCUAUGGAGUCCAGAACGCGUUGGACUGUAUUCUGGUAUAACAGAUGUUACAGCAGCUGUCAUCUCAGUUGUAUUCACUAUUGUGAUAAUUAAAUUGGAUGAGAGGAAAAAAGCGCGUGCUAAAGCAAAUGAAGCCAACAAUGUCACAAACGAAAAUACACAAGAAACUCAAAGAAUAGAAAAGCAUUACACUCGGCAAAUGAAUUUACUUGUUGUAGUACUUGCUAUCUCACUGCUAAUGCUAAUAAUAAAUCGUACAGCUGUUGGUCUUGCUCACAAAUUCCAGUUACCGACAGCAGAUAUAAUAAUUUAUGUUGCUGCCGUCCCGAGAUUAAUGAAAAGUUUCUGCAUUCCCCUAGCUCGAACGAUGUUUUCAAUCUGCACUCCUCCAAGUAAACAAGGCAUGAUCCAGUCAGUUGGGGCAUUUGUUUCUCGAAUCGGUUUUCUGAUUAGCCUGACAGUACUUCCUGCUAUAUAUGCGGCAACUGUGUUAACAUUCCCGGAAACUGUGUUUAUUGUUGUGGUGAUUUUGAUUGCAAUAACGCUUAUUAUUGACCUGUGCAUCCCAAUUGUGAUUAAAAGGGAGAAUGCCAAACUGAAAGCUGCUUCAUAGUGUAAGAAAGAAAAAUCAACUGAAUAAAUUUUAUUGAAACUGUGCUCUCCAACUACAGAACAUUGUCCACUACGAUAAAUGCAUUAGAUAUACAGAAUUCAAAUACAAUUCCCUCUCUGCUGUUCAUUACAGAUUUCCUAGAAAAAAUGAAAGUAAUUUUUUGAAUAAAAAUCUUCCUGUUUAAAGUUAACUUUUAAGCGAAUUAAAACACCUUUCUUCUCAUGACAAGAUCAGGAGGUGAUAACCAAUAUGGG